AUGUCACACACCGCCCCACCAACAAUCAUAUCCCUCAAAACCAACUUUUUGAGUGCUCAAACGCGCGCGUUGUCGAACCCGUUGCAUCCGUCCCGCGCCUGGCUGACGACAAACGAGGAGUUACCGGACAAGGCUGUGAAUGACGUGAUGGCGAAGCUGAAUAACAGGGUGCUGCAGCACUGCAAACGGGUGUAUGCGCCACAGGCGACGAGGCAUGUUGCUGAGCAGAUUGAGGUGCUUUAUAUCUCGUCUUCUUACGAAAGUCUGGAGUUGGAGGGGAUGGGGGGGGGGGGAAGGGGUGAGGGAGGGGGAGGAUUUAGGUACGUACCUAUACAAAAACAAGAUGAUGAGGAAAAGGAGUGGGUGCUGAUAAUUAAUAGCGGAGGGGGGGGUGAUUGA